AUGGCGGACGCUAAGGGAGCGUUUGUUACGCGGGCCUUGGAGAAGCUUCUCAAGGACUCAGCAGGAAGGAAGUAUACAAGUCUUCAGAAGGCUUGCAAAGGGUACCUAGAGCGGCCCCGACCCAAAGCAGCGCCUGCAAGUCCUGCAGCUACGUCAGGAGCACCACCGCCUGACUCCCAAAAGGAGCCCCCAGCAGAAGCCCCCCCCCAAAUCCCUGAGGAGCUGCACGAUGUGUCCCUUGCCAGCCCCCGAACGCCAGUGGCCGGCACACCGGGGACCAAGACACCGAGCGCCCCAGCCAGUCCUGCUGCCACCUCACCCCCCGGGUCUCCUGGCCCAGCAGCGGGGGCCGCUCGAACCAUGGCGGAGGCAGGGAUGCAGCUCACGGAGAAAGACGCCGAGCUCGUCCUGCUGCCGCUGAAGCUGGCGUGCGAGUCAAAGCAGCCGAAGCUGGUUGAGACGGCGCUGGAUUGCUUGCACAAACUGAUUGCUUACGGACACCUGGAGGGCGAGGCUGGCUUGGAGGCGGGGGGCAACAGCAAGAUGAACACGGAAUUGUUCCAGAUGGUCUGCGCAUCGGCAGACGUCCCGAAUGACAGUGUGGUUUUGCAAGUCAUCAAAGUCCUCCUGACUGCCGUAGCCUCUUCGACCUUCAAAGUACACGGAGAGUGCCUCCUCUUGGCGAUCCGCACCUGCUACAACAUCGCGCUAGGCAGCAAGAGCCCUAUCAACCAGGCCACUGCAAAGGCGACCCUGACGCAAAUGAUCAACCUCGUCUUUCAGCGGAUGGACCCGGAGUACAAAGAGGCUGGCCCCCCGUCUCGCCACAUGUCGCCGGUGCCUUCCCCCCGUCCGCCUUCGUCCCCUCGAGGCGCCCACCCGCACCCCCCAACUCUGCACUUAGACGAAAAGAAGCAUUUGCCACAUGAGAAGACAGCCGAGGGAGACUCGGUUGCAAAGGAAACACAGAACGGGGGGCUCGAGAAGGAAGCAGCGAGCCCCCCGCCGACUCCAGGGCCGGCGCCCGUGCAGGUCGCCUCCUCCGAAGCCUCUCCCAGCGACGCCGCCCCCUCCUCUCCCGCCGCUCCUGCCUCCCCCUCUGCGGCCGUCUCAAUCGAGGAGCUCGCGCACCUGGCUGGAGACGCCGACAUCAAGGGCCUCGAAGCGGCGCUCGACAAGGCGGUGCAUCCGGACGGGGUUCCCGCAGGGCAGCACGGGCCGGAGGGCGCGGGGCCCCUUGACCAGCACAGCCUGACGCAGGCGGAGCGCAAUGCGCUGAUGGUGUUCCGGACGCUCUGCAAGCUUUCCAUGGCUGAGCCCAAGUCCCCCAGCGAAGCUGACAUCAUCACGCGCGGGCGCCUCCUCUCGCUCGAGCUCCUGCAAGCGCUGCUCGAGAACGCCGGCAAGGGCUUCGCCAUCGUGCCCUGUUUCCUGGAGGCCCUCCAGAGCUACCUGCCUUACGCAUUGCUGCGCGCCUCAGUCACGCCGCUGGCGGCCGUCUUUGAGCGGGCUGCGAGCUUGUUUGCGGUACUGCUGCUCAAUUUCCGGCACCACCUGAAGGCCGAGAUUGGCAUCUUCUUUCCGCUCAUCGUUCUCCGCUCGCUCGACCUGCCCGACUCUCCCCUCCAUCAGCGCGUGGCCGUCCUUAAGUCUCUGCAGACCGCCUUUGCGGACCCCCAGACGGUGCUCGACUUCUUCGUCAACUACGACUGCGACCUGGACAGCACCAACCUCUUUGAGCGGGCCGUUAAGUCGCUCAGCCGGAUCGCCCAGGGCGCCCCUGGGAGCGACCCUGGCAGCAUCGCGCUCGCGCAGAACACGGGCCUCAAGGCGAGCAGCCUGCAGGUGCUGGCGAACAUCCUGCAGUCCCUGCUGACGUGGACAAAGCGGGGGCAGGCAGCCUCGGUUGCGGUGGCGGCCGCAGCUGCGGAGGAUUCGGAAAGGGCGGAGGGUGAAGACAACGACGACUCCUCGGUUGCCGCCCAGCUGGUCAAAGACAAGACCCAAAAGUCGCUCAUCGAAGCUGCCGUGGUGGAGUUCAACCUGAAGCCCGAGAAGGGCAUCAAGCAGCUCGAGAAGCAGGGCAUCCUGGCGCACGAACCGGUCGCGAUUGCGAAGUUUCUGCACGGAACGCCGGGGCUGAACAAGACGCUGAUUGGGGAGUACCUGGGGCAUCAUGAAGAGUUCCAUAUCAAGGUAAUGCACGCAUACGUUGACGAGCUGAGCUUUACGGGCCUCAUCUUCGACGACGCGAUCCGGCGCUUCCUCUCGGGCUUCCGCCUCCCGGGCGAGGCGCAAAAAAUCGACCGCCUCAUGGAGAAGUUCGCCGAGCGCUACUGCAAGGACAACCCGGGCACCUUCAAGAACGCGGACACUGCGUACGUCCUCGCGUACGCGGUCAUCAUGCUCAACACGGACGCGCACAACCCGAUGGUCUGGCCUAAGAUGUCCAAGACCGACUUCGUCCGGAUCAACUCGAACACCGGCCAACCCGGAGCAGAGGACACGUCAGCACCCGUGGCGCUCCUCGAGGACCUAUACGACCGCAUCGUAAACAACGAGAUCAAGCUCAAGGACGAAUCGGCUGCGCCGGGGGCCGCCAGCAAGUCCCCCGUAAGCGCAGGCCCGCUCGGGGUGCUCAAUCUCGCGCUGCCACGUGGCAGGGCCGCGAGCGCCGAGGCGACGGGGGAGGGCGACGAGAUCGUGCGGCGUACUCAAGCGCUGUUCAAGACGCAGCAGCACGGGAAGGUGUUCCAGAAGGCAACCGAGGUGGGCCUGGCGCGCCCUAUCUUAGAAGCCGUCGGGUGGCCCCUCCUCGCCGCCUUCAGCGUAAUCAUGGAGGACAGCGAUUACAAGCCCCACGUGGCGCUCUGCAUGGAGGGCUUCCGGUUGGGAGUCCAGCUGACGCGAGUCCUCCGUAUGGAGACCAUGCGCAACGCGUUCCUGACGUCGAUGGUCCGGCUGACGUCACUCCACGCGCCACGCGAGAUGCGCACCAAAAACGUGGAGGCGCUGCGCGUGCUGCUACAGAUGGCGCAGCAGGAGCCGGAUGUGCUGCAGGAUGCCUGGUACUCAGCCCUCGAGUGCAUUAGCCGCUUGGAAGAGAUCGCCAACACGCCAGCGGCACAGGCCGCGCUCCUGCCUGGAGGAAACCAACCGUCCCGGGAGGCCCUGGUUCACGGGAUCCAAGAGCUGGCGGGGAUGCCUACCGAGGGCGUGUUCGUCAACAGCAACCGUCUGCCGAGCGACGCCGUCGUCGAGUUCUUCACGGCGCUGUGCAGAGUCUCAGAGGGCGAGCUGGGCAUCACCCCGCCCCGCGUGUUCAGCCUGCAGAAGCUCGUCGAGAUCAGCUACUACAACAUCACGCGCAUUCGCCUUGUCUGGGCGCGCAUCUGGGCCGUCCUCAGUGUGCACUUCAUUGCCGCAGGAGAACACGCAGACGAACAGGUCGCAAUGUACGCAAUCGACAGCCUGCGCCAGCUGGCGAUGAAGUACUUGGAGCGUGCAGAGCUGGCUAACUUCACGUUCCAGAACGACAUCAUGAAGCCGUUCGUGGUGAUCAUGCGCGGGAGCCGCAGCGAGCGCAUCCGCGAGCUCAUUACACAGUGCGUCGUACAGAUGAUCAAAUCCAAGGUCAGCGGCAUCAAGAGCGGCUGGAAGAGCGUCUUCAUGGUGUUCACAACAGCUGCUCAGGACACGUCCGAAUCCAUCGUCGACUCGGCGUUCUUAAAUGUGGAGCAGGUGGUGCUGGAGCACUUCGACCAGGUCGUGGGCGACUGCUUCAUGGACUGCGUUAACUGCCUCAUCGCCUUCGCCAACAACAAGCUCAGUGCAGGCAUCAGCCUCAAGGCCAUCGCUUUGCUGCGCAUCUGCGAGGACCGCCUGGCAGAGGGCCACAUUCCGGGGGGGUCCCAUCGCCCCGUGGAGGACACCCCCAAGAAGAGCGACAAGGAGGUGGCGGAGUUCUACUGGUUCCCCAUGCUGGCCGGCCUGUCCGAACUCACCUCAGACCCGCGGCCGGACGUCCGCAGCUGCGCGCUUGAGGUCCUGUUCGACCUGCUGAACGAGCGCGGCGCGUCCUUCUCCCCCACCUUCUGGGAGAGCGUGUUCCAGCGCGUGCUCUUCCCCAUCUUCGACUACGUGCGCCACGCGGGCGCGGCCGGGCACAAGCGGCUCUCGGCCAACGAAUGGCUGCGCGACACGUGUAUACACUGCCUCCAGCUGCUGUGCGACCUCUUCUCCAAGUUCUAUGCUGACGUCAGCUUCCUGCUGCCCAGCCUGCUGGGGCUGCUGCUGGACUGCGCCACGCGGCCGGACCAGGCACUGGCGGCAAUCAGCGUGGCUGCACUUGUGCGUCUGAUGGACAUCGGCGGGCACGCCCUGAGCGAAAGCGACUGGGGUCGUCUGCUAAACACCAUCCGGGACAUGAGCGACGCAACCCGGCCCGUCGAACUGCUGAACCCGGAGAGCCUGGGCGUGUUCGGGACGUCGCCUGCCGCUUUAGAGGGAAGCGCCUCACGUCGGCAGAGCAUCGGCGAUGGCCAAGUCACGCCCGUGCGCCUGUCCACCGUCGAGGAGCCCCGCAGGGGGCCCAGAUUAGAACGGGUCGCGGAAAACGGGUCGUUCAAGGGCGAGCAGGGCACCGUUUCUCUCCCGGGCGAGCCCAGUGCCGGGCCACCGCCGAGCGCGGACGGCGGGGCGGGGACGUCGGAGGACGGGGCGCAGAGUGCGGCGCAGACGAUGGUCGGGCGCAUGAUGAGCACGCUGCUGAUGAGGAACAUGUCUUUCACCCGGAAAGGCAGGGCCGAUCCCCAGGUGGUUGCCCCACGGGCCCCGCCCGACGAGGGGGGUACGUACCUUGACACGCUGGGUCCUGAGGAUGCGAUCGAGUUCACGAACGAAACGCUAGACGCCGUGAGAUGCAAGUGCGUCAUCCAGCUGCUCCUGCUGGAUGCCCUGAGCAAGGCACAGUCGGAGCACUGGGCGAACCUGAGCCCCACGAACAAGCGCGCACUGCUGGAGACCAUGCAAGGCCUUGUUGAUUUCGCGGCAAAAUACAACUCUGACGUGUCGUUGCGCCAGAGGCUGCAGUCCGUUGGCUCGGAGAACCCACCCCCAAGCUUGCUGCGUCAGGAGGUCGACGGCACCGGACUGUACUUAGCGGUCCUGUUCAGCGUUUUGGACGACAAAGAUUCGGACGCACCGCUCCUGGCCGACGCGGAGGCCCGCUUCGUGGGCGUCGCCGAGCGGGUGCUGGGUGAGGCGUCGGCGCUGCAGAGCGACCGGGCGGACUCCACCAGGAGCCACCAGGCGCUGGGGCUCAAGGCGCCAGUAACUGUCAAGGUGUUGGACGCCCUUCAGACGGUUUCGGAGCCGGUGUUCAAGCGGCACUUUGAGCAGCUGUACCCGCACUUGACCACGCUGAUUGGCAGCGACCAGUUGGAGGUCCGAAGAGCAUUGGCGAACCUGUUCUCAGCACGUCUUGGCGCUCUUCUGCCUGCUACGAAAUAGGCUGAUAGAGGGACUGCUAUAAAGGCGGCAUCACCUGAGUAUGUAGCUACCUGAGACUGUGCCCGUCUUGAUCCAUACAGACCAGGGGAAUUUCUACCCGCUCUUCACACUCAAUGGAACGGCAUCGU